AUGAUUCGCUCAAUUCUUAUUCUUCUCGUCGCUUUGAUUGCCAUGUCUUACGCUCAAUACGGUUACGGUGGUUAUCCAGGAAUGAUGGGGGGAUACGGUGGAUACCCAGGAGGAAUGAUGGGCGGAUACGGUAUGCGUCCAUACGGAAUGAUGGGAGGAUACGGUGGCGGAAUGGGAAUGGGAAUGAUGCGUCCAGGACUUCUCGGAAUGCUCAUGGGAAAGUAA